CAAUAAAAACAAUAAAAACGAUAAUGGACACAUUACCCAACAAAAUGAAGCAUUCAUUGAGCGGCGCAGAAACUUGCGCAUUAAACAAAACGUGUAGGUUAUGCCUUCGCGUCGAAAAUCAUUUAAUAUCGAUAUUUACCGAAGAAGAAAAGUCAAAAUGUUUGGUUUCUCGUAUUCGAGAUUGUUGUCCUAUUACGUUGGAAGACGACAGACUACCGAAGAUGAUAUGUCACGAAUGCGAGGAAAAGGUAGCCGCUACGUUCGAAUUUCGUGAACAAUGCAGAAAAUCGGAAAAUUUCUUGCGAUUAUAUUACGAAUCGUGUAUCUCGGACAAAUUUGAUCUUGUUAAAAUAUCAGAUUAUAAAACUGUUGUGGAUUGCAAUGUUGAAGCUAAUUCAAAUAUGACGAAUCUUGAUGUAAUCGAUUUGAAAGAAGAUCGGGGAUAUUCGGAAAAGAAUCAACGAGCAUUUAAUGAACAAAGGAGUGAAAAUUCCAUAUUAAAAACACAAUAUGAAAGGAAAAAAAUGUUAGAAUCAAAAAUUGUUCAUAAUGAAAUUGUGAAAGAAAAGGUAAUGAUAAAAUCAAAAAUAGUAUCACAACCAUUUUUUAACGAUGAUCGAAACCAUAAUGAAGAAGGAAAAAAUAAAAAAAAAGAUAAGAUGAUCGAUCAAAUUUAUUUUUUCAAUGAUGAACAUAAAUACAUAGAGAAGGAAAGCGGCGAUAAUAAUUCUACGGAAAAGGUACAAAUCUGUAAUGAUACAAUGAAAAUGCCAUAUCUGUGCGAUAUCUGCAGCAAAACUUUUGCAUCGAAAUCUGGAUUGCGAUUUCAUUUGAAAUCGCAUAAUGCCAUAAAGUCUUACCCAUGUCGAUAUUGUGAUAAACGAUUUGUAAUUCCUAGUUAUACCAAAAGACAUGAAAAAAUUCAUAUGGGCGAUAAACCAUUUAUUUGUCAAUAUUGUAGCGCGACUUUUGCUUCUUCGAAUGGUCUAAAAUAUCAUUUAAGACUUCAUACGGGUGAAGCAAACUAUCCUUGUGAAAUUUGUGGCAAAUCUUUUUAUCGACAUAAAUAUUUAAAGGAACAUAUAUUCACACACACAGGAGAGAAACCAUAUAUUUGUAAAACGUGCGGCGCUUCCUAUGGAAGUUCUGGCAGCUUGUUCGUGCAUAAGAAAAAGUGUAAAACUAUAUAAAUUAUUGUAUAAAAUAUAUAUAAAAAAUAUAUAUAAAAAAUAAUGGACAUAAAUA